AUGGAUCUCCUACUAUCUCUUCCGAUAGUCUCAUAUUUCGGUGGGCCGAUGCUGUCGUCGUGGUCGGGGUCACUAAAUCUCCUAUUUUUCUAUAUGACUUGGACGACACUCGUCCUAUCUCAUUCGCCUCUGAGAAUCGAGUUAAUCGGCACUUUAGCAGUACGAAUAGUAUUCUGGUUGGUGCCGUCGCUCUUUUUUCUGCUAUUCGACACACUAGUUCCCAGCUUAGCGGAAUCUAUUAAAUUCUAUGGUUCUACAUCAUUACCUCGGCGAAGUGCUGCCUCCUUACUUCGACAGGUCCUGCUCGCUAUCUUCAACCUUGGAUUCAGCACCGCUGUACAAGCCGGUAUAUCCAUAGGUGCUGGAACGUUAUUGCGCCGUCCGCUCUUCAAGACUAGUACGGCACUACCACUUCCCUGGCAGAUCGUGAAGCAUAUAUUGAUGCUGUAUACCGCCCGCGAAAUCCUGACGUAUUACCUCCACCGAUUUGUGCUACACUCUCGGGGGAGAGUGGCAAGGCUACAUAGCGCAUACGCGCAUUCCCGCAAGCACGCUGCUCCGUAUGCGCUGAUGCUGUAUACGGACCAUCCGCUACCGCUUCUUUUUAAUCGCACAUUACCGGUAUACUUAUCAGCUAUGGUCAUCCAACCACAUUUACUCACAUAUUUCUUAUUUACUAUCUUGACGACGUUGGAGGAGACGAUGUCCAUGUCUGGCUACAACAUUGUGCCGGGUAUUAUCAUGGGCGGCAUCACACGACGUACUGCAACACAUUAUGCAAGCGGCGGGCGCGGUAACUUCGGCGCUUGGGGGCUGUUGGACUGGGUUGGCGGCACGAGCGUGGGUAAAGACGUAGUGAAGGAUAUUCAUGAUGAAGCAGAAAAACACCAAGUUAAGGAGCGCGGCCAGAAAGCUGCAAGCGAUACAGGAAGUAUGGUACAAGACGGUAUCAACAGCUUGAAGAAGGGCCGCAAGAGCCGAAAGAAGAGCUCGGAUUAG